AUGGCUACGCCUUCACCCCACAAGCCUCGACGCAAGGGGAAGAAAGCUGGCGGCGAGGUCUCCUUUGCGAGCAAUGUCAUCAAACACAGCGCAGGCCGAGACAAAGACACCACUGGAAACCUCUCGGCCUCGUCUACCAGAAUAAAACCAGCAUAUCCUCUUGCAGCUUUUAUGUGGUCAGCCCCUGGAGGUAUUUCGCAAUGGACCAUACUCCCAAUUGUCCUCAUGGUCGUAGGAAUGAUCCGUUGGGCGGCCGGGCUAUGGGGUUACUCAGGUUACCAGAAUCCUCCCAUGCAUGGGGACUAUGAGGCGCAGCGGCAUUGGAUGGAAAUCACAACUCAGCUACCUAUCUCUCAAUGGUACUUCCAUGACCUAGAGUGGUGGGGGUUGGAUUACCCGCCCUUGACAGCUUAUCACAGUUGGGUCUUCGGGAAAAUCGGGUCUUAUAUAGAUCCCAAGUGGUUCCUCCUGCAUACCUCAAGAGGGUUGGAAGAUGAAACGCUCAAGGUUUUCAUGCGGGCCUCUGUCAUCAUCUCCGAAUACUUGGUCUAUAUCCCUGCUGCCGUUAUAUUCGUCAGGCGAUACAGCCGCCUCCAGGGCGUUCAAACUUGGGAUUCUUCUGUUGCGCUGGUUGCGAUUCUCCUCCAACCAGGAACCAUACUCAUUGACCAUGUCCAUUUCCAGUAUAACACUGUGAUGCUCGGGUUGGUUCUAGCUUGCGCGUCGAGCAUUGUGGCAGGCCGCUACAUGUGGAGCUGCAUAUUCUUUGUUUUUGCUCUGGGGUUCAAACAAAUGGCUCUCUACUACGCGCCGGCCAUCUUUGCGUACCUACUAGGUGUAUGCAUUUUCCCAAACAUCAAUGUCCCUAGGUUCCUCGGCAUCGCAUUGGUCACAAUUACUGCCUUUGCGCUUUUGCUGUUACCCAUCAUUGCGGGUGCAAUCUAUGAUCAACAUCGUGGCAUAGAUGCCAUCCCCGAAUUGAACGGCUAUGCCCCUAUCUUCCCUAUUUUCGCUUCUUACACGGCCUACUUGGACCCACAUGCGUGGUACUUUCCUCCGGUGCAUCAAGUUGCGCAGCUGGUUCACCGCGUCUUUCCCUUUGCCCGUGGCUUAUUCGAGGACAAAGUUGCGAACUUCUGGUGCGCUCUCAAUAUUGCAUACAAGCUUAAAUAUCUUCCAAUCGUCCAGUUGCAACGCCUUUCGCUUUUAGCGACCCUGGGGUCUAUCUUCCCACCAUGCGUGGCUAUAUUUCUGAACCCUAGAAAAGAACUGCUGCCGCUGGCGUUGGCUACGACAGCCUGGGCCUUUUUCCUCUUCAGCUUCCAAGUGCACGAAAAGUCGGUAUUAUUGCCUCUAAUGCCGAUGACGCUGCUUCUCGCAUCGAAAAAUGGCAUGCACCCGUAUACACGGUCGUGGGUCGGUUUUGCAAACAUUCUCGGCGCGUGGACCAUGUUCCCUCUCCUUCAACGUGUUGAACUGAGAGUCCCAUAUGCAGUGUUGACAUUGCUUUGGGCAUACCUUCUUGAUAUACCACCAGUGAGCUGGGGAGUCUACCGGAAACCCGCAUGGGGCAAGGGGCCACUAGACCAGAGCACAGUCUUCAUACAUACGAUCUUUUAUCUUGUUAUGAUCCUAUGGCAUGGCCUAGAAGCGUUUGUGGACGCGCCGAAGGGUCUACCAGAUCUGUGGGUGGUGCUUAACGUGGUAGUUGGAGCAGCAGGGUUUUCCACGUGCUAUUUGUGGUGUUUGGGCACUUUGGUCCGUAACAGCCGUCUCAUGGAAACCCCAAGUAGCCAAAAAGUAACCCCGAAAAAAAAGACGAAGUAA